UUGACCUUGCAAGGAAGGAAACCUACCAAUUAUGGGCUGCCAUGUAAUCAAUCCUCUGCAACUUACCACAUAUAUUCUAGGCUCUAAGGCAAUCAAUAAACCACACGACAAACUGUCUUUUCUAUCUAAUUAACUUACGUCACGCCACCACGUUCUUCCCUGCUAACCUACUCCUCCUCUUCCCUUUCUCCAUAUAAAGUCUGAUGCAUACAUUAUCAUCAUAUGACCACCUCUGCCACCCUCUUCAAAUUAAUGUUCUAAGCUAUUGAAUUGUUAGUGGCUGAUUGAUCAAUAAUCAUGCCAAAGGUUGUUGAGACACAGUCCAUGUUGCUUCAACUUAUACUGGUGUUCGUCAUCUUCUUGGGCUUUGUCAAGAAUGGAAAUGCUGGGAUAACGAGCGCUUUCAUUCGGUCAGAAUGGCCAUCUAUUGACAUCCCUCUUGAUAAUGAAGUAUUUGCAGUCCCAAAGGGUUAUAAUGCACCACAACAAGUACAUAUAACCCAAGGUGACUACAAUGGAAAGGCUGUAAUUAUCUCGUGGGUGACACCUGAUGAACCAGGCACCAACAAAGUGCAAUAUGGUGUGUCAAAGAAGAAAUAUGAUUUUACUGCAGAGGGGACAGUGAAAAAUUAUACCUUUUACAAUUACAAGUCUGGCUACAUUCAUCAGUGCCUUGUUGAUGGCCUUGAGUAUGAGACCAAGUACUACUACAAGAUUGGCAGCGGUGAUUCUUCUCGAGAAUUCUGGUUCCAAACACCUCCAAAGAUCAAUCCAGAUACUCCUUACAAGUUUGGAAUAAUUGGUGACUUGGGACAGACAUAUAAUUCCCUGUCUACACUUGAGCAUUACAUGCAGAGUGGAGCUCAAGCGGUAUUAUUUGUUGGAGAUCUUGCUUAUGCUGAUAGAUAUAAAUACAAUGAUGUUGGUAUACGGUGGGAUAGCUGGGGUCGUUUUGUUGAGCGCAGUGCAGCAUAUCAGCCAUGGAUGUGGUCUGCUGGAAAUCAUGAAAUAGAGUACAUGCCUUACAUGGGAGAAGUUAUUCCUUUCAAAUCUUAUCUUAAUCGAUACCCUACUCCUCAUUUAGCCUCCAAAAGCAGCAGCCCUUUCUGGUAUGCCAUCAGACGUGCAUCUGCUCAUAUAAUUGUGCUGUCCAGCUAUUCUUCUUUCGUGAAAUAUACCCCUCAGUGGGAAUGGCUCAGAGAAGAACUUAAAAGGGUUGACAGGGAGAAGACACCUUGGCUCAUUGUUCUUAUGCAUAUCCCCAUCUACAACAGUAACGAAGCACACUUCAUGGAAGGUGAAAGUAUGCGGGCAGUCUUUGAGAAGUGGUUUGUUCGUUACAAAGUUGAUGUAGUUUUUGCUGGGCAUGUCCAUGCUUAUGAAAGAUCAUAUCGAGUCUCAAACAUACACUACAAUGUAUCUAGUGGUGACCGUUUUCCAGCAGCAGAUGAAUCUGCCCCUGUCUACAUUACUGUCGGAGAUGGAGGAAAUCAAGAAGGUCUUGCCGGAAGGUUUAGAGAUCCACAACCAGAUUACUCGGCAUUCAGAGAAGCCAGUUAUGGGCACUCCACAUUGGAGAUAAAGAACAGGACACAUGCAAUCUACCAUUGGAACCGCAAUGAUGAUGGGAAAAAAGUGCCAACUGAUGCAUUUGUCUUACACAACCAGUACUGGGGAAGAAAUCUGAGAAGAAAGAAAUUGACGCAGCAUCAUUUGAGGACUGUUGUUGGCUGGGUUUCAAGUUACUGACAAUAUUUCAAGAACUCCGGAAGUUAUCUCCAGAUGUAUUCGGCAAGAUUGAUGGAAAUGGAAUGUUAGUUAAUCAAGCAUUCUGAAUGGAGAUUCAUUUUGAUCCUGCAAUUGUAAUGGUUCCUCAACAAAAGCACAUGGAUAAUGCCUGUCCUGUCAGUGCAAUAUCCUGUCCCAUAAAUGCACAGAAUCCAGUGAAAUGAUCAAGGUGUGCAGAUUAUGCUA